AUGCCCUCCCUUCGCACCCUCGCCCUUGUCGUCGCACUCCUCGUCUACCCCCUGAGUGGGCUAUACAGCCGCCUCGUCGUGCUCGGCUUCCUCCGCUCCACCCCUCCUGCCCGUCUCUCUAGCACGUCCACCCCGGGUAUUCUCGAGUCUUUCGUCCUACCCGACGUCAAACAGGCAGAGGACUUUGCUUACCAUGAGCCUUCGGGGCUGAUUGUGCUGACUGCGCCGGGUCAUCCGUCGGGCCGGUAUGGCUGGUGGCCGCCUAUCCUUCACCUCGACCGGCCGGAGGACGCUCAGACUACAAACGGAGGGAUAUACAUUCUGGACCCUACUACCUGGAAGUCCCGCCGGCUCUCCAUCUCAGGCUUUACCGGCCCCUUCAUCCCGCACGGUCUCGACAUCUACUCCCCUAAAGGCCUACCGGACGGCUUCUACCUCCAUGCGGUGAACCACAAGCCUGCCUCCCACGGACCGCAUAAAGCCAAUUCCACCGUCGAGAUCUUCCGUAUCUCCAUCUCUGACUCGAGCGCCACACACCUCCAAACGGUCCACCACCCCCUCAUUGUCACUCCCAACGACAUCUACUCGCUCAGCGCGACCGAGUUCCUCGUGACGAACGACCAUGUCAACCGGGAGCCGGGGCUACUGCGGACGGCGGAGGAAGUCUUCACUCUUCAGCUCACGAGCCGGACGACGGUGGUCAAGGUGGACGCUUCGUCAGGGAUCAAAGCGGAGGUGGUGAAGAAGGGGAUCCAUUCGGCGAAUGGGCUAGCACAUGGACCGGGCGGCGAGAUUGCUCUCGGCAGCGCAGCGGGUGGAGUGCUUCACAUUCUCUCCCCGGACCUCACUACCACUUCCACCGUCAGCUUCCCCAGUACCCUCGACAACCCUACCUACCUCGCUGAUCCGUACGCGACCCCUUCGUCCGACCUGUCAGGCUACGUCCUCGCCGGUCUCCUCCAGGCCCACAAGCUCGGCGAGCACUCGGCAGACCCCGAAUCACUCGCGCCGGGAGCGAUCUGGCUUGCGAGGAAGACAGCAGCGGGCAAAUGGGAAAAGAAGUUGCUCCUGGAAGAUGAUGGGGCAUGGGUCAAUGCGGCCACGACGGCGAUGCUGCUGCCUAUCGAUCCCAAGGGGACAAAUGGAAGGAGAGAAGCUUGGGUAGUCGCGGUGGGCUUCAUGGCGAGGGGCAUCUCGGUGGCGCGAGUCGAUCUCACUGAGUGGGCGACGCGGACGUAG